AUGGCUCUUUCUUUAGCUACUAUCCUAGGAAUCGCAUCUACGGCAAUCCUUGCUUCGCCUACCGGAUCUAAAGUCUCGUUUGACUGGCAAAAGACCGGCUAUCUACUUGCCUUUGGGGAUUCAUACACAUUUGUUCAGGGAACGUUAGGAGGAUGCGUCGGUUGCAACUUCAUCGGUUCACAGCUGAACAUCUCUUUCACGCCAGAGCAGCUUCUCUCCGACCGCAUUAUCCCUGGUCAGAACACAUCUUCAGCUGGGGGCACUAAUUGGAUUGAGGAAUUGACAGGCUGCAAAGAGGGUCUGCCGCGGGACUGUGAGAUCCAGUUGUGGGACUUCGCUUUCGGUGGUGCCGACGUCUCGACAAAGUUCGUUCCACUGCACCAUAACAACACACUAUCUUUUGAAAAGCAAAUUUGGCAAUGGGACACCUACGGAAAGUCCGUCAUAAAUGCGGACACAGGCUCGUCAUUGGUAGCAGCUUUUAUCGGAAUAAAUGAUAUCAGCGACACAGCAAAUUUCAAUUUCCCUAUGCAGAACUUAACCAGCUUUGAAGAUCUGUAUACUGAAAUAGUCAAGGAAGAGUUCGCCCAUCUGGAGACUAUUCAUGCCGCUGGGUUCCGCACAUACCUCUUCCUGAACUUGCCCCCUUUAGACAAGACGCCUGCUUCUCAAAUCGACCCUAAGCGCAAGCCCGAUACGAGUAUGCUGCAGACGUACAACCGCAUUCUUAACCAGACUGCGAGAGCCUUUACGGAACAACAUCCAGGCACAACCGCCUUCGUCUUUGACACUUACGGUUGGCUAAAUUACGUCUUUGACCACGCAUCGUCUUUUGGAAUAACUAACACCACGUCUUUCUGCCCCAAGUAUAAUGCAUGGGAUAUUGCCACAAAUUACAAGGCUUACGGAUGCCAACCAAUCGGUGAAUACUUCUGGUACAACUCUGGCCACAUAAGCUUCACUGUUUCUCAGCUUCUUGGUUCGAAGGUGAAUAGUUUCUUAUCACAGAAGAGUGGCCAAUGUGGCGGAAAAAAUGGACCUGACGGCUCCUGGGGAACCCGAUGGGAUAAUGGGACAGCGAGUUGA